GAGAGUUCUGCCAUUUGCGCGUCGGUACGCAACAGUAGUGUUACAAGAGUUCUCUCGUGUGCUUCAUUCACAGUGUGAAAAAUAAUUUUCAGUGUAUUUAUCUACAAGUGCUUCCGUUUUAAUUAACAUCAAAUCUAUCACAAUGGCCGAUGUUGAAGCAAAGGAAACCAAAGUUGUCAGCACACCUGAGAAGGAGAAGAAGGUGGUAGAGGAAGAAAAGCCAGUGACAAAGGUUGUGGAGGAGGCUGAUGAAGACUCCAAAACUUCCGAGAACGGAGAAGCCACAGAGACCAAAGAAAAUGGCUCGACCGAAGACAAGGAAGUCGAUGAGAAAGACGAGGAGGAGACGCCAAAGAAUGGUAACUCUACAGAUGCUCCAGUCGACACCUGUUGUAUAAAGAGGAAAUCAGUCGGCGCAGAUUUGACUGAUGAUGCAUCAGCGGACGGUGCAAGCCCCGAAAAGAAGGCGAAAUUAGACGAGAAACCAGCUGAAGCCGAGAGCAACGGUGAAGCCAAAGCCACGGCCUAAUGUUUCUGUAGUCCCUCUUUAUCCAUAGACCUGAUCUAUAGACACAGUUUCACCAUCUAAACGUGAUGUCAGAAUGCAACAUAAUCAUCAGUGCAUCGCCAUAACAGAACGAGUGUCGAUCGCAAAACUCUGAUAUUGUUUACGAUUACGUUUUUGUGUUAAGAGUGGCCGUGUGUAUGUUAAGAUCUUUCGCAUCAUAGCGUUCAAAAGAAAAACGAAAAAAAAAUUCGAUGCUGUACAAAAGCAUUGCACAUACAUAAAAAAAAUGUUUAUUACCCUCGUUACACAAAUAUAAAACAAAAAAAACGUAUUCAAAGCAUGGGAUAGCGCUUAAGCGCGUAUAAUCCGUAUUUAAAAAAAAAACUUAUUUUUUUUAUAAAUAUAUAUCAACAGAGCGAUCGCAGAGUUUUACUCUCAAGAAAAGUUCAAUUCGAUUGUUGAGAAGAAUUUAUUCUUUCUUUUUUCAUCAACACUUGAGUCGUUGAAUUUUUAAAUUGAGAAAUCACGAUCAUCGGAUGAUCGCAUUGUGUAAAACGCAAUCUGAACUAAUCUCUUCAUAAGUUGUAAUACAUUCCUAAAAAUAAAAAAAAAAUUUGGUAAAAAAAAUAUGUUAAAAGAGAUCAGUUUUCGACGAAUGUGAAUUACGAUGUUUUUUGUACAAUGCUGAUCCCGAAAUAUUACGUUACUUUAAAGUCUGAUUUUGUUGCGAAAGUAUUAAAUGGUGAAAAAAAAUAAGAUAAACAAUUCACUGCGUUUUACUGGCAGACAUAGGUGCACAAACUUUUUUUUUCUCGACGCAGUUCAAAGAUUCUUUAAAAACUGCGGUGCAUUCGUAAAACUUAUCUAGAGCAGGUCAACAUCGUUGAACCAGUUUUCAUUAUCGACGAUAUUCGUAGACAGUAUUUUCUUUUUCUUUUACAAUUUUAACCCUUGACUGGUUUUGUGUAUUAUUCAAUACUACAUUAAUAAAUUAAUGAUACUUAAAAAGAAAAAAAACUAGUUGUGACUUGACUUUAAAAUAGACAAAAAGAAAAUUAAUUUGACUUCAAAGUACUGUUCAUUCUUUUAAUAAAAGAAAAAAACAGUAUUUUUUAGUAAUAAUAUAAUUUAAAAAAAUAUUGACAUUAAUAAAGAGAAUUUAGUUUAAUUAAGAAGUUACACUGCCAGUUAAGGAUUAAUGUUGACGUUAGUCAUAGUCAAAAGUACUUAUGAUAAAAGCAAUCCGUGUUUCAAUUAUUUGAUUUUAUCAAAGGAAAUUUUUUUUUAUUUUUUAUGAACAAGGCGAUUGCAUUUACGUGAAACUUUUAAAAAAAUCGUUUUAGGUUUAUGAGUGGCAAGCGAACGAUGCGAAGAUCAAUAAGAGCAAAAAUUAAUCUGUGUAAAGUAAAGAUGUUAGUUCAACGUAUUAAAAAAGUUGUUAGGUAAAAACAUUUUUACUAGUUCAAUCUACGUAGAUCAGUUUCUUGUAGUUAAUCGAAUCUCACCGAAAACUGCCACUUGACAUUAAUUAAUGUCGAAUCAAACUGGCAUUCGCUGACCUGCUAAAUAAGCACUUGUCGUACAAAAUUCAACGGGGUCUGUAAUAUUCAAAAAAAAAAACAAAAAAAAAGAACCUACCUAAAUAUUAAAACUAAUGUUUAGAUGAAAAUAAAUGUUAAUUACCGACUAACAACAAAAAUACUUGUACAGGAUAAUAUAUAUUGUGUAAUUCAUUGUGUUCGCUAUUCCGGGUAAAAUAAAACUGGUUGUUUCAAAUGGCAA